AUGUUCCUCUCAGACUGCGUGGAGGGGGCGGCCGGUGCUCUGGGAGGCUGGAGGUGUAUCAUAACGCUGUGUGGGGCUCAGUCUGUGAUAAUCUCUGGGACAUCAGCGAUGCUCAGGUGGUCUGCAGGCAGCUGGGAUGUGGAGCAGCACUGAGGGCUGAUGGAAAUUCAGCCUUUGGUGCUGGUGAAGGUGUGGUGUGGCUGAACAGAGUCCAGUGCAGAGGGAAUGAGCUUCACCUGUGGGACUGUCCUCUCUCCCUGAACAACCACACUGACUGCUCCCACAAAGAGCACGCUGGACUCACCUGUACAGGUCACUGACAGAUUUUUUUAUUAAAGUGCUUUUAGUAUUUUUAAUUUAUGCAUGAUUUUGAGUCUGUUUUAAUAGACUUGACAGGUUUGCCUGUGUCCACUACUUCUGCCACAUCAGCAUCAUCUUCUGCUGCAGUUUCUCAGACAGUGAGCUCAACAUCAGUCUCUCCUCCACAAAAUGGUCCAGAAACUCUCCCAGUCCCUCCAGUGCUGGUGAUUGUACUGGGGGUUGUGCUCUUACUGCUCUUAGUGCCGCUGCUUAUACUGAUUCAGCAGAACAGAGUGAUGAGGAGAGCUCUCUCUAAGAGGAGACACAGGACCACCACUGCGGCCGUUUAUGAGGAGAUUCAGCCCAAACACAAUCACUUCACUCAGGCCGGAAUAGUGCCUUCAGGAGAACAGCAUUCUGGGUAUGAAGAUGUUGAGAAGUUUCUUUCAGAAUCUACAGAAGGAGUCACACCUGCCUAUUAUAAUGAUGUCACAACCCCUAAAAGCCUAAAAGAAGAGCAGCAGAUCACCCCAGAGACUUAUGAUGAUGUAAUCACUGUUGGAGUAAGACAUCAUGCUACAGUGGACAACCCAGAGCAUUAUGAUGAUGUCAACAUUAAUGGACAGAACCUUGAUCGUUUAACAGAGGGAGAUCAGGAAGAGUAUGAUGAUGUGAAGAACAACAGUGAAGAUGAGAGAAACCUCUUGGACUAUGAUGAUGUAGAGGAGGAGUCACCUAAAGAGGGAGGGCUCAUAUGA